AAUUCAACAUAGGAGUGACUUUGGAGAACUUCCCACCACAAUGAAGGGACAUGGAAUUCCUUUCCUCUUUGGUGUCACCUUCCUGGUUCUGUUUGAAGUUCAAGGCACCCCAGUAAUGAGGAGUAGGCGAUGUUUCUGCAUUGGCCCUGGCAGUGGCACGAUCUCCCUCAAGUCCUUGAAAGACCUUAAACAAUUUGUCCCAAGCCCUUCCUGCGAGAAAACAGAAAUCAUUGCUACGAGGAGGAACGGGGAGCAAACGUGUCUCAACCCGGAUUCAGCAGAAGUGAAGCAGCUGAUGAAGCAGUGGGAGAAGCAGGUCAGCCAAAAGAAAAAGCAAAAGAAAGGGAAAAAAUAUCAAAAAAGCAAGAAAAUUGUAAAAGGCAAAAGAUCCAAAGCUCCUCGUCAAAAGAAGACCACAUAAGAACCCACUCUGCCAACAAGUACCUUGUGUUAAAAUUUCUUUUUGAUUGUACCAAAAUAAUUCUAGGAAGUAAUGGCCUCUAAUAACACGGGCUUGUUAAUUUGACUAGAAAAUGUAAAGUACUAUUAUGAAAUUGUAACUAAAGCUGGAAAUUUGAUUUUAAAAUCCAGAAUUAAGAAUUGUUAGAGGCAAUAGUUCUUUCUGUUCUUCUACCGCUGACCAACUGAAUUUCAUCACAGCUUAGUAAUACCUACAUCUGGACAAAUGUUCACACAAACACAUCCCACACACAGCAGCUGCCUGGGCGUCCAGGGCCUCAGCCUGCGGCCUCCAGAGAGGACUAUGAGGUCCAUGUCAUCGAGCCCCCGCCUGCCUGCACACUAGGAAGCCAGGCAGCUUGGAACUGAGCUGGAUCUCACCAAACUGCCCCGGCUGUCAGUGUCUGCACUUGAGUCAGCCUGCGGGCCUCCCACACGGGUGUCUGAGAGAUCGCACUGGUCGUUCCUGGGAUCUGCCUUUGGACAUCAGCAGCAUUUGGCCUUGGGAAACUGGCUCUGUCUUGCUGCCCUCGCUGUUCCCUUGUGCUUCAGUUAAGCAAGUUCCUCCCUACCCGGCCCCAGUCCCACGCCCGCCCCCUUCCACCGCACAGGUCACGCCCUCUCAUCCGCGAGACUGGGCUGUGCACCUCUUCCCUAGCUGCCCGCGAGAAUGCCUUCCCUUUGCCUAGUUCCCAUGAUCUGGUCUUCAAGGCUCAGCUCAAGCUGUGCUUCCUCAAUAAGCUUCUCCAAGAGCUGCGAGGUCGCUCAGGGGUGGAGCGCUCGCCUGACACCACAGUGCCCUGAGUUCCCUCCCUGACAUUGCAGAUAACGAAAUAAAAUAUUUUCUAAAACCGGCCAGAUGCUCAAAUCCUCUUAAAAUUCAUAUUUCCCUUGUGUUUAGCACAACAUGAGUGAGCACUUAAUUGUUACCUCAUUAGUGUGUGUUUAUUUUCUUUUUCUAACCAGACUCUCAGCUCCGUGAGUGCGGGAGCCCUAGUUCCUGACUCUGCCACCCAGCUGAAGGCCUGGACCUCAGCUCCACCAUUCGGUGUGGAGAAGGCAGUGGGAGCGCCUCUUCCGCUGCUCUCUGCUGUCUCCCCCGGGUAACCUUUUCUUCCUAGUGUCUGGCCACAGCCACUGCAGGGGCCGGGGAUGAAGCAACACCCCUGUGUUGUUAGGACAGGAGGUUAACUCGGCUGCUCUAACAAAUAAGGAGCACAUUUUAGAACACGCGUGUGUAUUCUGGAUUGCUUUUUCAAAAAUAUUCCACACAUCUGAACUCGUACAAUCUUACAAGGCAAAGAGGAUAGAGAUGAGCCAGUCCUGCCUUUCUCUGUUCAAUACAAAAACUCCCUCAGUACCUUUCCUGACAAGCUCUAGCUUCUGAUGACUAAUAAGAUAGCCACCAAGAUUCUUUUUUAAAAAAUGGUAGCAAAGCUUUACAUUUGUUAGGAAAAAAAGCAUGCUCUGCAGAGUGAACUUGGGGCAGAUAAAGGCAGGAAAAAACCACGUGCUCCAGGAGAGGGCAGCUGCAGCGAGAGAACACAGCAGCCACGACCUUUGAAAACGCAUUUCAGGCAAAUGUGAGUUGUGGUUAUCGGAGAAAAGCAGUGACGAGGUUCCAGGAGCUGGAGGCACAGCAAACUCAGGGGUGCGAGUGGUGCCCAGCUAGCCUAUGUAGGUUCAGGAACUUCCUCAGAGAGGUCAGUGAACUGAGGAAGAAAGUUCUUCGGCCGGAAUUGAAACCUACACUUACUUUCCCAGAUAUUGUCCCUCCUCGGACUGCAGAUGAUUCCCAGUGCUGCCCACUGGCGACCCUGCCCAGACAUCUGCACUCAUGAAAUUCUUCAGUUCCUUCUAUGUCAUUCUCUGAAAAAGAAUCUUUAAAAUUCCAUAACUGGAGAGUCUGAGACCCAGUUAUCUGUGUGCCACAGGAAAAGUGGACAGUAUAUAAAUAAUAACCAAAGACUACAUAGUCUCACCAAGUAUCCAUGAUAAAUAUAUUGGUGCCCACAUUAUGAGCAUUUAUCAUUUAUAGACAUAUGCAUGCUCUAUGCAAUAUAAUUUUGAAACUCAAAGCAGUAUUGACACAUAUACUUUGUACUUUGAGGCUUUUUUUUGCUAAAACAGUGGUAUCAAUAAACAGAGAUUUAUCAGAAAA